UUGCAGUAGUUGCUCUCAGGCACAGGAGCAGCUGCAAGGCAUUUUUUUUUUCCAGCCUGUACUUUGUCAGGACCGGCCGACCAGUCAGUGCCCGGGAGGAGGAAGUUAUUCUACUCUUGUGCUUUCUGGAGUGAAGCAUCUGAUCCGGCUCUCAUUCUGUGAACGUGCCAGAAGAAAUGUCCGACCCGACAGAGGAGCUCAGCAACAAGCCCUUCGCGGCCCAGUUGUCCAAUGUUUACCUCAGCAUCCUGGCGCUGUUCUGCUUCAAGCUCUUUGUGAAGAUUUCUCUCAACUUGCUGACAUACUUCUACGUUAUCCGUGGGAACCGCAAAGAGGCGGCGAGGAUACAAGCAGAGUUCUAUGAAUAUGGUCAACGGCACAACUCCUGGACAGACCGCUCCCCUCUCCACGAGGCUGCAUGUCAUGGCCGCCUCCUGGCCCUGAAGACCCUCCUCCUACAGGGUCACGGUGUGAACGUGCUGACCAUAGACCGCGUGUCCCCUCUUCAUGAAGCCUGUCUGGGAAACCACGUUACUUGUGCCAGAGCUCUCAUCGACGCCGGAGCCAAUGUCAACGCCUUGACAAUUGAUGGAGUCAGCCCUCUGUUCCACGCCUGCACCGUGGGCAGCGUGGCAUGCGCCGAAAUCCUUUUGGCAAAUGGAGCGAGACCCCAAAGUCUGGUGUACCACCCCUCGCCCAUCCAUGAAGCCACAAGCAAAGGUCAUCACGGCUGUGUGGAGGCUCUGGUGACUUGGGGGGCAGAUGUGGACAUGGACAUUCCUCACCUGGGCACGGCGCUCUAUACGGCCUGCGUCUGCCAGGAGCUGGAGUGUGCCAGGAAACUCCUGAGGGAAGGUGCCAAUGUACAGAAAGGCAAAUCCCUGGAGUCACCGCUACACGCAGCUGCAGAGAAAGACUUCACCGGGGCGGUGAAGCUGCUGCUGGACUUUGGCGCCGACAUUAACGCCCGGAACAAAGAGUUCCAGCGGCCGGUGGACAUGGCUCCACCCAGCAGUAUAACAGAGGGUUUCCUGCUCGUCUAUGAAGCUACACCACGACUCCUGAGCCAAGUGUGUCGUCAGUGCAUCAGGAACUGCGUCGGCCGGGACAGACUCCACCUCCUCUCCCACCUGCAUCUGCCCAACAGGCUCAGGAACUACCUGCAAUACAAGUGAAAGGCAGAAGAAACCAAACAUCUGCCCCCUAAUGGGACUUAUGAGAAGACACCUUUCGACACAAACUGCACAUCAACUCCAUGAACUCCUCCGACCUUUAAUUUUAGCUGCUACUCAAUGCAGUACGAACAAUUUAUUGUAAUUAGUCACGGAGCUGCCGCAGAGUAGCUGACAGAACCACGUUGUGUUGAACUAGUCUGAUUCCCAUGUGUGGAUAUUUGGACCUGAACUAAUGUGAAGCAGGAUAUUGUUAUAACAGGCCCUCAGGCUCAGCCAUCCCCAGAUCAAUUAGGACAAAACAUAUUUUGAUAAACAGAGUUUUAUUUGCUUUUCAGAUUUGUAGUGUUGUUAGAAUAUGUAUUAAACGAGUGCUACACUUUGAAAACUUUGCAUAUUGUGACACAAAAUAUAUAUAUACUGUACAUAUAUGAAUGAGUGCUUGUAGUUUUGCUAUGCACACCUUUAGAUCAUUAAAAUUGUUUUGA